AUGGAUCGUAAUUAUUGGAUGUACAAAAUUGGGCGUCUUCACCCAACAUAUUUGAGCGGUGUGACAAGUUUUCUUAAGAUUGCUGAAGAUGAUCGUGUGAAAAAAGGAAAUGAAUCAAUUCCGUGUCCUUGUAUGGAAUGCAAAAAUUUUAUCAAAUUGAAGGAAAUAAAAGAAAUCCAAAAUCAUUUGAUUAAAAAUGGUUUCAUGUAUAAUUAUACUUGUUGGUCAAAACAUGGGGAGUCACUUGCUAAUCGUAGCACAACAUCGACUAGUUCUGUCGGUAACAAUGAUGAGAACAGUGAACCGUACAUUAGUGAUGAUGACAAUGUAAAUGAUGAUAAUGACAAUUUAAAUGAUAAUAAUGAUAAUUUAAAGGACAUGCUCGACGACUUGGAAACUAAUAUUGGUGACGAUGAUCAAGAAAAACUACAACAAAUAUUUGCUGAUUCGGAAAAACCGUUAUAUCCCGGUUGUGAGAAGUUUUAUAAACUUGAUGCUGUGUUAAAACUGUUAAAUUUAAAGGCGAACUACGGAUGGAGCGAUAAGAGUUUUACAAGUCUAUUGGUGCUCUUGCAUGACAUGCUUCCCAAAGACAAUGAAUUACCGGUAUCCUUAUACCAAGCUAAAAAAAUGACGUGUCCAAUGGGAUUAGAAGUUAAAAGAAUACAUGCGUGUCCGAAUGAUUGCAUAUUAUAUAUAAAUGAGUUUGAAAAAAGUCAUACAUGUGUUAGAUGUUUGGCAUCGAGGUACAAGCGGGAAAAGGAAAGUGAUGAAUAUGAUGAUGAUGUGACAAAAAAUGGACCACCAGCUAAAUUAUUGUGGUAUUUUCCUAUCGUACCAAGACUAAAACGUUUAUUUGCUAACGCUAAAGAAUCAAAAUUAUUGCGUUGGCAUUCUGAUGAGCGUAAAAAUGAUGGAAAGUUAAGACAUGUGGCGGAUUCACCCCAGUGGAGAAAUAUUGAUUAUAAAUUUCCAGAUUUUGGUGAAGAGAUUAGAAAUAUACGAUUUGGUCUUAGUUCAGACGGGAUGAAUCCUUUUAGAACCAUGAGUAGUUGUCGUAGUACUUGGCCAGUUCUUCUAUGCAUCUACAAUCUUCCGCCAUGGUUAUGCAUGAAACGAAAAUACAUAAUGAUGUCAUUGUUAAUUCAGGGUCCAAAACAACCUGGUAAUGAUAUUGAUGUUUAUUUAUCUCCUUUGAUUGAUGAAAUGAAAACACUAUGGAGUACCGGUGUAAACGUUUAUGAUGCUUAUAAAAAGGAGAACUUUACGCUGAGAGCCAUGAUUUUUUGCACUAUAAGUGAUUUUCCUGCAUACGGCAAUUUGUCAGGGUAUAGCACGAAAGGUAAACGAGUUUGUCCUAUAUGUGAAGACGAAACACGUUCAAUAUGGUUAAACAAUUGCAAAAAAACAGUAUAUAUGGGACAUCGACGAUUUCUUCCGAAUAAUCAUCGUUAUCGAAGACAAACGAAAGAGUUUGAUGGAACGAUAGAGCUUGGAAGGGUUAGGAGAGAUUUUGAUGCAUAUUCACGAGUUAAAGAUAUAAAUACCGUGUUGGGAAAAAGAAAUCGUGCUAAGAACGGAAAAAAAAAUCGUGCUGAGAAGAGAAAAAGAAAUCGUGCUGCGAAGGGAAAAAGAAAUGGUGCUGAGAAAACAAGCAUUUGGAAAAAGAGGUCAAUUUUUUGGGAUUUACCUUACUGGAAAUGUUUGGAAGUUCGACAUUGCCUAGACGUUAUGCAUAUUGAAAAAAAUGUAUGUGAUAGCUUGUUGGGAUUAUUAUUAAACAUUCCCGGAAAAACUAAAGAUGGUAUUAACGUCCGUAAGGACAUGGAAGAAAUGGGGAUACGUAAAGAGCUUGCCCCUAUUGAGAGAGGCAAUCGUAUCUAUCUGCCACCUGCAUGUUAUACUAUGUCUAAUUCAGAAAAAAUAAAGUUUUGUGAAUGUUUGCACGCUAUUAAGGUCCCAUCUAGCUAUUCUGCAAACAUUAAAAGCUUGGUGUCAAUGAAAGACUGUAAACUGCUUGGAAUGAAGUCUCAUGACUGUCAUGUUUUAAUGACACAUAUGAUCCCAAUUGCAAUUCGUGGAUUGUUGCCAGAGAACAUCCGACAUACAAUUACAAAGCUUUGUUUGUUUUUUAACAACAUUCACUCAAAGGUUAUUGAUGCCGAAGUCUUGGAUGGAUGGCAAAAGGAUAUUAUCAUUACCCUUUGUGAACUAGAGAUGUAUUUUCCACCAUCCUUUUUUGAUAUAAUGGUUCACCUAGUAUCUCAUAUCGUACAAGAGAUUAAGGCUUGUGGUCCUGUAUUCCUGCGAUACAUGUACCCUUUUGAAAGAUAUAUGGGUUACUUAAAAGGUUUUGUAAGAAAUUAUAAUCGACCUGAGGGCAGUAUUGUUGAAGGAUAUAUUUCUGCAGAGGCGGCUGGGUUCUGUACAGGUUAUUUGGAAGGUGUCAAAAGUAUUGGUGUUCCUAAAACUCGUCAUUCGGGUCGACUUACAGGUUUAGGAGUAGCUGGAGAGCAACUAAUAACUCCAGGAUAUGAGAAUCUAGAACUUGCACAUUUUGUUGUUCUACAACAUAUGACAUGCUUUGCUUCGUAUAUUGAGGAACACAUGGAAAUAUUACGGUUGUCACAUUUGAACAAGACAGAGAAAUGGUAUAAAACGAAACAUAACGAGCAGUUUUCUGAAUGGAUGAAGAACAAGGUGGCAGAAACUUGCGGUCAACCGAAUGCUGAUAAAACCGUGGAGAAGUUAGGGAAGGGGCCUGAUUUUAGAGUAAAAUCAUACCAAGUGUAUGAUAUUAACGGGUAUACAUUUCACACUAAAAAGCAAGAUGACAAAAGUGCAACGCAAAAUAGCGGAGUUACAUUGAUAGCCUCAACUACAGAAUUCGAUAGAGAGAACCAUGAUAGAAGAAUCGCCAUAGACUCUUAUUACGGUGUCAUAGAAGAAAUUUGGGAGUUAAUAUAUGAUGAUAUCAUUAUACCUUUGUUCAAAUGUAAGUGGGUCAAGAAUAGUACAGGUGUUAAAGUUGACGAAUAUGGUUUUACUCUUGUCGACCUUACAACGGAUGCGUAUAAAUCAGAACCAUUCAUUCUCGCAAAUCAAGCCACACAAGUUUUUUAUGUCAAUGACCUGAGCAAACCAAGAUAUCACAUAGUAUUGCAAGGUAAACGACGUAUUCUUGGUGUUGAUAAUGUUGACGACGAGGAAGAAUACAACCAGUUUGACGAGCAACCACCAUUUUCUGUCGGCAUUCAAUCAAUAAACAACUCUUCAACUGAAGGCACCACAUACUUACGAUCUGACCAUGACGAUGGAAUAUAUGUUAAAUAA